AUGGCCAUGACCAUGCCCAGAAAGAUAGAUAUCCACCUGAACCCCGGCCCGCCCGGCGGCUUCCACAGUCCCAUCAUUCACGGACAGCAAUUCCAACACCUGCCGCGGGCGAGAAACUACGACCCAUACAAUCUCGAAUGCUAUCACCAGCGUCAAUCCUACCGCCGCCUUACCGCGGCCGUCCUCGCCUUCGUCUUCCUCGUCCUCUUCAUCAUCUUCCUUGUAUGGAUCAUCCUGCGUGCCGCCAAGCCUGCCUUCGUUCUCCAAGAUGUCACUGUUUUCGCCUUCAAUGUGUCGGGUCCCGCCGCCCUCACAUCCAUCAUGCAGGCCACGGUGUUGUCCCGGAACCCGAACGCCCGGGUGGGAGUCUACUACGACAAGCUCGUCCUAUACGUGUCUUACCGGAAUCAGCAGGUCACGCUGUCAGCGGGGCUGCCGGCGACCUACCAGGGCCACAAGGACGUGGUGAUCUGGUCGCCUGUCGUCUCCGGCGCCAACCUGCCAGUGGCGCCGCAGGUGGCGCAGUCGCUGGUGCAGGAUCAGAUGACGGGGACGGUGCUUGUGAAUAUAAAGGUGGGGGGACGGGUGAGGUGGAAGGUGGGGACUUGGGUGUCCCUCAGGUACCGGUUGAGGGUGAGCUGUCCGGCGUUCAUCUCGUGGGGGAGCAAGAGUACUGGGAUUGUGAUGGGGGAUGCCAUUAAGUACCAGAUGGCUUCAAGGUGCUCCGUCGACGUUUGA